UAGCUGCUUUUGUGUGUUUGAAAGCGGAAGUAAGCCAAUAGCUGACUGGACGUUCACUUCCCUUUGCAAGUAGCCUGUGUUUAUUUUAUGGGCAGCUAAGAGGUUAAUGGAUGACCGCCCUCCGACGUCACGCUAAAUCGUGCACAGGCGCAGUGCGAAGUAAACAGAAGCUCGAUGUCUGGUCUGCAGCGUCUGCUUCUCGCACUAUUCCCGAGACAAUAGGCGACCUGGUGUCCCUGCAGCGCUGAGCGAGGAAUCACGGUAUAAUCGUUCUCCGCAGAUCCCAUAUUCGUCUCGAGUUCGCCUCGCCAGGUAUUGCAGCUGUGAGAGCAUCGGCGACCGGUUCAAUCCGGUUCCAUCCGGUUCCUGGCGCAUGCGCACUGAGCCCCUCCACCCAAAAGGAAGAGCCAAGAGAGGCGGCUGUGUUGUACCGAUUUGAGCUGCACCCCAACCCAACCCAGUCCGUUAACGGGUCAUUUGGUGACUGCUGUAAGGAUGGUACAGAAGGACGGCCAGGCGACAGCCGCCAUAACCGAAGAGGAGACGGAAGCCGCACCCACCACCCUGGCCCCUGAAUUGACACCCCCUGCCACGACCGGGGAGGACACGGACACCGAGACUGAGACGUGUUGCCCCCGGAGGUUCCUGUGCGGAGUAGUGGAGGGGUUCUAUGGAAGGCCAUGGACCAUGGAGCAAAGAAAGGAGCUUUUUAGAAGGCUUCAGAAGUGGAGUAUUAACACAUACCUAUAUGCUCCAAAAGAUGAUUACAAACACAGAAUGUUUUGGAGAGAAAUGUACUCUGUGGAAGAAGCAGAUCAGCUUAUGACUCUGAUAUCGGCAGCACAAGAAUUUGGCAUUGAGUUUAUUUAUGCCAUAUCACCUGGCCUUGACAUAACGUUUUCAAACCAAAAAGAGGUGGCUACACUAAAACGCAAGUUGGAUCAGGUCUCUCAGUUUGGAUGCAGGUCAUUUGCACUGCUUUUUGAUGAUAUCGAUCACAAUAUGUGCCCGGCAGACAAAGAGGUUUUCAGUUCUUUUGCCCAUGCACAGGUUGCAAUAACCAAUGAAAUAUUUCAAUACCUGAGUGAGCCAGAGACCUUUUUGUUUUGCCCAACAGAAUAUUGUGGGACAUUCUGCAACCCAAAUGUUGCUCAGUCUCCUUAUCUGCAUACCGUUGGUGAGAAGUUGCUGCCAGGAAUAGAUGUUCUUUGGACAGGUCCCAAGGUUGUUUCCAAAGAUAUUCCUGUGGAGACUAUUGAAGAAGUCACCAAAAUUCUAAAGAGAUCUCCAGUUAUAUGGGACAACAUACAUGCAAAUGACUACGAUCAAAAGAGACUGUUUCUUGGCCCUUACAAAGGUCGCUCUACUGAGCUGAUUCCAAGGCUUCGUGGCGUCCUGACUAACCCGAAUUGUGAAUUUGAAUCAAAUUUUGUUGCAAUUCACACCUUAGCUACUUGGUAUAAGUCCAACAUAAAUGGCGUUAGAAAAGAUGUGAUUAUGACUGACAGUGAAGAUCGCACCGUUUCUAUUCAGAUUAAGCUGGAGAAUGAAGGAAGUGAUGAAGAUAUUGAAACUGAUCUGUUAUAUAGCCCUCAAUUGGCUUUAAAAUUGGCUUUAAAGGAAUGGCUGGAAGAAUAUGGGGUUCCAAAUCAGUAUAGCAGUCGCCAAGUAGCCCAGAGUGGAGCUAUGGCAAGUGUUGUUGGAAUGCUGCCAUUACUUUCUGCACCAGCCCUCAAUGCAGCAACCACUGUCAUAACCGUUUACCAGCCUAUUAUGAGCCAAGGGGCUCCUUUGAAUGCUGAACCACCAAUGUUGCCAAAGGAAGAAGAGAAAAAGCAGCCUGAGGAGGAACCUAUGGAUAUGGUAGUAGAAAAGCUAGAAGAUGUAAAUAAAAACGUUGGCCAUAUUUUGACAGACAAUAUCGAAGCUAAAAUGUCAGAAGAGUUAAAACCAAUGGACACGGACAAAGAGAGUGUGGUUGAAGGGAAGUCUUCUGAAGCCUGCAUGCAAGAGGACGUGUGUAGCGACAUUGCUCCGAUGCAAACAGAUGAGCUAGUCAACAAGGAACUGUUUGUCCCAGGUCCAAAUGAAAAGCCUCUUUAUACAGCCGAAGCAGUGAGUCUCGAUGAUUUACAACUGCUUGCCGAUGUAUUCUACCUGCCUUACGAACAUGGGCCAAAAGGUGUUCAGAUGCUAAAGGAAUUUCAGUGGCUACGUGCCAAUAGCAGUGUAGUGAGCGUGAACUGUGGAGGCAAAGAUAAUGAUAAAAUUGCAGAAUGGAGAGGUCGAGCAAUUAAAUUUGAAGAAAUGUGUAGCGUUGUGAUAUCAAUGUUCACUCGCCUUUCCAACUGCCCAAACAGGACAAUCCUUUAUGAUUUAUAUCCUUAUAUGUGGGACAUAAAGAGCAUCAUCUCAAUGGUGAAGUCCUUUGUGCAGUGGCUCGGGUGUCGUAGUCAAUCUUCAGCACAGUUCUUAAGUGGAGACCAAGAACCCUGGGCCUUUAGAGGAGGUCUAGCAGGAGAGUUCCAGCGUUUGCUUCCAAUUGAGGGAGCAAAUGACCUCUUUUUUCAGCCUCCCCCCUUGACUCCCACCUCAAAAGUCUACACAAUUAGACCAUACUAUCCUAAAGAUGAGGCAUCCGUGUAUAAAAUUUGUAGAGAAAUGUAUGACGAUGCAAUGGAUGACCUACCUUUUGAAAGUCAGCCUGACCUGAUUGGAGACAAGCUUGUUGGUGGACUUCUGUCUCAUAGCCUUGACUAUUGUUUUGUCCUGGAAGACGAGGAUGGUAUCUGUGGAUAUGCUGUGGGCACAGUUGAUGUUGCCCCGUACGUAGAUCAAUGCAAACAUUCCUGGAUUCCGUUCAUGCAGGAGAAAUAUACCAAACCCAAAGGCGACAAAGACCUCUCUCCAGCCGAGAAAAUGAUGCUGAGUUUUCAUGAAGAACAAGAAAUCCUUCCAGAUUCAUUCCUCGCAAACUUCCCUUCCCUAAUCAAGGUCGACAUUCACAAAAAGGUUACGGAUCCGAGUGUGGCCAAAGGAAUGAUGGGCUGCCUGUUAUCCUCUCUGAAGGCUAAUGGAUCCCGCGGUGCUUUCUGUGAAGUGAGACCCGACGAUACAAGAAUCCUCGAUUUCUACAGCAAAUUGGGCUUUUUUGAAAUUGCUAAAAUGGAAGGAUUCCCAAAAGAUAUUGUGAUCCUGGGAAGGGGUCUCUGAAUCUCUUAAAAUGACCUUUUCUAAUAAAAACAAAACUGAAAGCAGAUACAUCUGGUGAGAGGAUUUGGCACACAGAGAGAUGUCAUAUGUUGCCAGUGGAUUGUUGAGACAGAACACACAACCUCUACAAAACCGAUUGCUUUAAAUGUGGCUUCAAGAUGCCGCCAUCUUGGUUUAUAUGCGGUUUGCAUGGGCUCGUUCGUUUUGAAAACUGUACCCCAGGUUUCAUAUGGAAGGAAAUACUCCUGCUCGCUUUUAUACCAUUUUGAUGUUGCGUUACUUGUCGUGCAUUUAAAACACUGAACUCUUCUUUUUUUUUUUUUCCUUUUUUUUGCAACAUUCUGAACCAUGGAAAAAUAUAUUUCUGUUAAUGCCAAUGUCGGUUGCUUGAAGACAAACAUAGUACUAUCACAGUAAUCAUUAAGGUUAAUUAAUAACGUACCUAUUUGCAGUUCAUCGCCGCGCAAGAUUAGCAUGGAUCAUAGACAUCAUGCCUCGAGUUUCCGAUUAAUGACGCAUCUGUAAAUAUUACUGUAGAAAGCCUAUAUGUUCAGUCCAACGUGUUUUUCAUUUUUGUUCCUUAUGAAGAGUUAGAUGAAGCAUGAAUCAUUUAGAUGGAUGACUACAGACAAGGUGAAGGCGAGUGCCGCUGAUUGGUUUACAUUUCAUCCCCUGCUCGUUGAUGUUACAUUAUAUAUUUCUGCUUACGGUUAAUUAACACUGAAAAGCAUUUAUUUCUCCCGGGCUUCUACCAAGAAUACAUUGUGAAAGUAGUCAAAACUGUGAAUUAAUGAAUUUUCGGGUGUGAUGUAACUUUGAGAUCCAUUUUUUUCUAUUAAAAAAAAAACCCUAAAUCCUGUUUUCAGGUGGUACAGCCAGUUCAAAGUGCAAGCGGCAGUCUACACUCAAUGGUUUCAGACUGGUGUCAGUCAGCCCUAAUUCCAGUACAUAUUAGAUGGCAAAGCCUUAACAAUCUUCUAUCUUAAUGAGAAAUAGCACAAAAACAACCUUUGUUAUGCCAACCGGGUCUGCGAACUUGCUAGGGCAUCUGAAGGGGAAACUGUUGACCUUUUCAAGAGGAAGUUUCAUCAAAAUAAAUAUUUCAUUAAAAAUUCAAAAGCAUUGAAGACAUUUUACCAACAACUUCCUUUUUCCUUUACCUUUCAGUAUCUUAUGCAUUCCUAACUAGGGAGUAUGGUAUGAAUUGCAGGCGCCAUGUUGGACCCAUAGCAGCACCAACAUCAUCCAUUUAUUUUAUCUUUUAGUAUCUUCUGCAUUCCUGCCUAAGGGGUGUGGUAUAAGCCAAUAUCCUGGAGUUGGCAAUAUAGAGGUGGGUGCUGCUAUGGGUCCGACAUAGCACCUGCAUGACUUUACAUUCUAUUAGAACCCAUCCCUCUGUCCUCCAGCAUCUCCUUGUGCUAUCAGCAGCAGUUUAACCCUUUCCUUCAAACGCCUAUAAAGUGCAUCAGUAGUGUAAAAUGACAUUGCACAUAGAACUCACCACUACUAUGGGUCCAACCCAGCUCAUCUGAUUCAGAUCUCAUCCCCUUACCAGCAAUGUUGACCUUAGGGAAGGUGUUGGCAAAAUGUCUGUAGCUUUUUAGUGCUUUUGGAAUUUCCAUUUCUGUUUUUACUCUCGUCUAGGAUAUUAAAGUGUUUAUGGGUUGUGCGUUAAAACAGGUGUCCCUAACCAACGGUCCGCAGGCCUCGGGCAGUCUCAACUGGGCCGCCUAGACGAGGUGCCCCCAAUUGGACGCCGGCGCUCCAGAAUUGGACACCGGUCCCCGGGCCAAAAAAGGUUGGGGACCCCUGCUUUAAAAGGUUUGUUUGAUGGACGAUUCUGCUACCAUGGAUCACAAGCCGCUGUAAUACAACAUUGCAUUGGUAGGGGAGCAAGAUUAAAAAUGCAUUUUAGGCCAUAAUUUCUAUGGUUAGGGAUCUGCAUGGAGGAAAAAGGUGUCCCUGUUCUUUACACUGAAGAAAAGAAUUCAGUGUGUGUAUAGACUGAUAACCAAGGGCUAUACUGAAAGCUUUAUACAUAUGACUUGCUUGUACUACCAACUGAAAGUUCCAGUGCAAUCCCUUGACCAUAAAAAAAGGCUUAAUGCUCAAUCAUCCAGUAAUAAGUCUAUUUCUUUCUUCAACGGCAUCUUCCUCCCCCAUCCAUGAUAGCACCAUUAAGAUGUUAGGCCUAAAUGACAUAGCCUCCGUUAAAGGGGCAACAUGCAAAGCAACUUGCCCCCAGGUUGCACCGUCCUUAUGAUUGCAGCUUUACCUGUGUUCAGAGUGGGUGGUAGAUAAGCAGCACAAGGGAAUCUCCUGAAUGCCCUCUAGCUUCUACAUCAUUUGGAGCCCCUGUAUUCAACACCUGCCAUAGGAACUUCCCUUGCACCUAAAACCUUGAGCCCACAAAGCAAAGUGCUCAAUGCAUGCGUCCAAAAUGGCACUGGCCACAAUUGCCCUGUGUCCUGGCCCAGACGCAACCAAUUGCCAAUUUUUUUUUUUUCUUCACCAUCAAGUAUGGCAUUGUCCUUGUCCUCUAGCACUUGAUUCUGGGCAUAGGGAAGCCAUGUUGUUUUUCUGUUGUAAUGAAAGUGAACACAAGUGUGGAGUAAAAUGUAAGGAGGCUGCCAUUGGCCUGCAGUUAACUAAAUAUGUAAUUGUUGUAGGAGGAUGGACACUUCAGCAGUUGAAAGGUAGAGAAGCACUUCCGAUUAUAGGGUUGAUUUUUGGUUUCAUCUUGAAUAUAAAAACAAGGCACUUUUGAUUUUCUUGUUUCUGUUAUAUGAUAAAUUGGGGCUGUAAACCUCAGUGGUGCCUUGUGUCACAAAUAUAAUGGGGGCUUCAUUUUUUUUUUUUUCUUCUUGAAUAUGUCAGAAGGGAGUUGACACCAUAUGUCUGGGGUGGGGUAUGGCAUUCGGUAGUUUUAUUUCCUGUAAUGACCCGGUUUUUUAUUUCAUGGGCUUCCCUUAAAGAAAAUGCAGUUAUGUAGAUAGAUAACUUGGAAUGUACCAAACAUACAAAGCUUAUAGGUGGACAAUAAAGUGUUAUUUAUGCAUUUGUUUAAGACUAUAUGGCUAGACUGAACUAUUAAAAAAGAAAAAAAAAUAACAAACAAAACUGAUGUUAAAGUUCCUUACACACUUUUGUAGAAUGUAAGAUUUGAUUUUUUUUUUUAAAUAAAAACUGUUCUAAAACA